AUGCAACUCGAGAAAGGAGACAGCUUGAUGGAAGGGUACACGUCAGAGUUAUCGGACUUCACUUAUAUCAAUGUAACUCAGAAUAAUUUUCAGGAGUUGAAGGAAAUAUGGGCCCAGUGGGAUGAUGAAGUCAAACAAUUGUUUUACUCUAAUUAUGGUGACUUGCCUUAUUUGCUUGAUAUUAAAGUGGACGAGCAUUUGUUUCGAGCCCUGGCCCAAUUUUGGAAUCCCGCUUAUAGUUGCUUUACUUUUGGGGAGAUAGACUUGGUGCCUACCAUAGAGGAAUAUACAGCCUUACUGCGUUGCCCAAGGUUUCAGGCAGAUAAAGUCUAUUCUAAAGUCGUCAAUGUCCCGACUUUUGUGAAGAAGCUAGUGAACAUCUUGGGAAUGAGUGAGCAAUGGGUCUCAGCACGGGUCAAACAAAAAGGAGAAAACAAAUGUAUUCCCUGGAGAAGUCUGCGUGAUUUGAUUUUAGCUCAUCCUGAUACGAAGAAAAAAAUCGAUGUUUUUGCUUUGAGCAUUUAUGGGCUGAUGAUUUUCCCUAGAGCGUUGAGGUAUAUAGACGAGGCAGUUACUUAUUUGUUUGAUCGACUGGACAAGAGGGUCACACCUGUUCCAACAAUUUUGGCUGAGACAUUUAGAUCUUUAAGUGCGUGCCGAAGCGCGGGGGAGGGAAGAUUCAUUGGAUGUACACAGCUCUUGUUAGUAUGGUUCCACAGUCACUUCUGGAAAGUGGAUAAAGUCUCUUACCGAGUAUUUUCCAAGAAUUAUUCUCCAUUAAAGGAAUUAGAAGCCAUGCCGAGACGUGACAACAUUACCAUGGAAAGAUGGAUAGCGAUUCUUCAAAAUCUCAAAGAUGAAGAUAUUGAAUGGAAAGCUCCUUGGAUGGUGCCCGAUGAAAUCUUGUAUCGAUGUGGGAAUUUCGACUGGGUCCCUUUACUUGGGAUUUGGGGAGCUGUUGGCUAUGCGCCAUUGAUGGUACUGAAACAAUAUGGCUCAAGACAGUUCGUGCCUACCACCCAAGGACUAGCUCAGUGUGAGUUUUCGUAUAAAGAUGAUGGUUACAAUAAGAAGAUUCGAGAGAUGACCAAUGCUUGGAGGCAAAUUCAUCGGAUGAAAUGA